AUGGCCGGCGUCAUCAAAACCGUCGGCGUCAUUGGGACCGGCACCAUUGGCUCGUCCUGGACGGGUCUCUUUCUCUCAAAGGGACUCAAAGUCCUCGUAUCCGACCCAGCUCCAGGAGCAGAGAAGUUGCUCACGGAACACCUCGAGAGGUUCUGGCCAGUGCUGGAAGAGAUUGGACUGGCUCCGGGGGCUUCCCUCAAGAACUGUCAGUUUGUAGGAGCGAGUAUGGAGAAACACCUUGGUGAAGUGGACUUCAUCCAGGAGAACGCCCCAGAGAAACCAGAAAUCAAGAACAAACUCAUCGGCGAGAUCGACGCCGGCGCUCGCCCUGAAGUCAUCAUCGCCUCAUCCUCCUCUGGUAUUCCCAGCUCCCAAUUCAUCUCCCAGUGCAAAAAGCAUCCAGAACGUGUCCUCAUCGGUCAUCCCUUCAACCCGCCACAUUUGAUGCCUCUGGUCGAGGUCGUUCCCCAUCCGGGCACUAGUAAGGAGGCGACCGACAAGGCGAUCGAGAUCUAUGCUUCUCUUGGCAAGGCUCCAGUGCUUGUGAAGAAGGAGAUCCCCGGCCAUGCGGCGAAUAGGUUGCAAGCAGCACUCAUGCAAGAAGCGUACAGUCUUGUAGGAAACGAUGUCCUGAGUGCCAAAGAUCUGGACGCCUGCAUAACUACUAGCCUCGGGCCCCGCUGGGCCCUAGUCGGACCAUACAUGUCCCUCGUAUCAGGAGGCGGCGGCGGCAGGGGCGGCUUCAAACACAUGAUGCACCACAUUGGUCCCGCCGCACAAGGCUGGCUCAAAGACAUGGCAGAGCGCAAUCUACCAUUUGACGAGGACUUGAUCACCAAAAUGGACAAGAGCGUGCAGGAAGAGCUAAACGAAUUCGACCCGACGGUUGUGGAGAAGCAACGCGAUGAGGCGCUAGUUAAGUUGGUGAAGUUGAAGCACGAGAAGGGAGCUUCGAUGUUGGUGUAA